GGGCGUGGUCAUCGUGCUGCACCUGCGCGCGCUCCAGGUAAAUGAGUGACACGCUGGGUUUCACAGCUUGCUUCCAAACAAAAGCGGUCCGGAAGUGAUAAGGAAAAACGGCACAGUUUCAGAAUCAACGCACAACGUGAAAUGCGAUCGUGACGAUUUCAAGUCAUUAGACGUUUGAUAGAGGAUCCAGCUCCGUUCGGAGACAUAAUAGUAUUUUAUCUUCAAUCAGAAGAGUGUGGUGGUCCUCGGCAUCCUUCAGGCGGCGUGCGCGGGGCUUUGCGUGGUUUGCGGAUUUAUGGACGCAGUCUUCCGCAAGAGCACUACUCUGAGUGAAACUAGGGCUCCACUCUGGGCUGGACUGAUUAUGGCUGCCCCUGGUGUACUUGCCCUCUUUGCAUCCCAGAAGAAAAACCCAAUUUUGGUAAAUGUCAUGAUUGCAUCAUCAGUGAUGUCACUUUUUGCUGUUGUGAUUGUCUUCGUUUAUGCUUGCGUCACUCUCAGCUAUGGAGAAGAGGAUGAUGAGGUCUUCCAUGCCCAUCCUAUCCCUGAAGUGAGGUUCGUGCUCAGCCGGAUGGUGAAAGGAGCAAACAGCACCCUUCUGGUGGCCUGCGUGGGGUCUUUGCUCUUUUCUUCUCUCACUGCUUAUGUCGGCUGCCGCAGUCUGCCGCUUUGCGGCUGCUACGACUCCGCAAAUGGCAUGGAGUUUCUAGUUCCUCAGAAUGACCCUGUUACUCCAACUGAACUUGUAUGCACUUGGCAAGAUGGAGAUGAGCGAAUCUUUCACUCCCCCAUGUCAUUCAUUGAUCGCUGUCCUGAGCAGGAACAGCGAGACCUCUCCACGCUUCCACCGUAUAGCAGAAUAGCUUAGUAAUUGAUAUGUUUUUUUUGAUGUGAAAUAUUGGUAAAUAUAGUUCAUUAAUUUUCCCCAUAAAGCGAAAAAUGUCCAGAUUUCAUCAAGCCUGCUUGUUUCAAAUCAACUUAAAUUUGUUUCUUGAUUUUUAAGUUCUUAUCAGUGCCAUAUUUUAUAUUAUC